AUGUAUUUACCCCCAGUUGCUUAUUGGCUAAGCAAGGAAGAGAAGAAGAGAUUCUGCAAGAGAUUAUCUGAAUUCAAAGGACCAGAUGGCUACUGUGCGAACAUUGCAAACUGUGUCUCACUUGAUCCUCCUCUGAUUGGUGGUCUGAAGUUUCAUGCUCAUCAUGUUCUUCUGCAGAACUUGUUACCAGUUGCAUUGAGAGGGUUCCUGCCAAAAGGACCUAGGACUGCAGUUACUAGAUUAUGCAACUUCUUCAGUAGACUAUGUCAGCGUGUAAUUGACCCAGAGAAGCUAAUAACAAUGGAGUCUGAGCUUGUGGAGACAAUGUGCCAAAUGGAGAGGUUUUUUUCUCCAUCUCAUUUUGAUAUAAUGUUCCAUCUCCCUAUACAUCUAGCUAGAGAAGCUCGUUUGGGUGGCCCGUACAUGAAAACACUGAAAUCGUAUGUUAAGAACUUCGCAAGGCCAGAAGCAUGUAUGGCAGAGGGUUACUUGGCAGCUGAAUGUAUUGCUUUUUGCUUGGAGUUUCUCAAAACAUCUGUACCAGUUCUAGAGUCUGCAAAUCGUAAUGAAGAUGUUGAUUUGGAUGAGCAUAUACUUGAAGGGCGCCCAAUUCAUAAGGCUGCAGAAGUUACACUAUCUGAUAAAGAGCUUGACAUUGCUCACAGAUAUGUGUUAAUGAACACGGCAGUUGUAAAUCCAUAUGUCGAAAUGCAUCUUGAAGAUUUACAAGAUAAGGACUGGCUAAAAGAAAAGAUCCCUAUUAAUUCAAAAGAGCAUUCGACCAAGCUAAGAUGGUUAGCAUUUGGUCCAAGACAUAAUGCUCAAAACUAUAAUGGCUAUAGCAUCAAUGGACAUCGUUUUCACACCGAAUGCUUAAAGCGGAAGACUCAGAACAGUGGAGUAGCAUAUGAAGCUUUUUCUAUGUGUAGAUCAAGUGUGAAAGAUACCAAUCACGUGUCAGAUGUAGUUUCCUACUUUGGAGUGAUACAAGAGAUAAUAUUGUUGGACUACCACAUGUUCCAGGUUCCAUUAUUCAAGUGUAAGUGGGCCAACAAAGGGAAUGUUCUCAAGGAAGAAGAUGGCUUUAUGCUUGUGAACUUCAGCGUUAACCAAGCAGCAUUUCUCCAAUAUCCAUACAUUAUGCCUUCUCAAGUAAAACAAGUGUUUUACUCCAAAGAAAAUGACUCAUCAAAUUGGAGUGUUGUUAUGAGGGCACCGCCAAGAGGGUAUCAUGAGUUAGAAACCGAAGAAGAGUUCGUAGUUGCGCCAAUAUCCAUCGAAGACAAUGAUGAUUUGGGGAAUGAAUCUUCUGAUGAUGAUAGUUUCUGCGUUAGGGCUGAUUGUGAUGGGGUCCUAGUACUUGAAUAA